GAGUUAGCAACAGCAGGUCAAUCCCCGGCCGAUCGAAAGCAUCUUCUGGGAGAAACCGAGGGUCCUCUUUUCCUCUCCUGCUGCUAAAUUCUAGGGCAGAAGCAUAAAAUCCUCGCCUGGGGAAUCGUCAGAGAAAAACCUUCGCCUCCAAAGCGUCUGCAUUGGGAGCCCAUCCAACUCUCAGCCUCAUCCCACUGUCUCUCUGCACCUGCAUCUGGCUUAAGGCGUCCGAGAGACAGGAGUUUGGCUGAGAAAGAGUGAUUGGCCCAAAAUCACCCAGGGAACCUCCAAGGCUUGGGCCUGGUUUUCUUCUAUCCUAGUCCAGGACCAUAACUACUACAGUACAUUGGCUUUUCCUGCUGUAACUCUUAAAACAGAUUCAGCACUGAACAUCUAGGAAUCUUCAGCUCUUGCUGGAGAAACUAAGGUUAAACAAAUUUUAAAAUGCGUUCUGAAAAUCUGGCAGUUUUGCUAACACUGAUCCUUAGCUUUAUCAGCUCAGGAAAGCUUUGUGAAAGGCACUCACCUAUUAAUGUGCUAGAAGAAGAAUACUUUUCAUUUUGCUGCCCUAAAAAACCACAGCAUGAAGGACAAGUUAUCCAGUGGCAUAAAGGAAAAAAACGAGAAGUGCUAAUUCAUGGAGACAGCAGAAUUGAUUUGAAUGGAUCUAAUUUGCAAUUUUGGCCAAUUUUACUGAAUGAUACUGGAAUCUAUCAAUGCUGUCUCGGAAAUGGAACCUGUAAGGAAUGGUCCUUAAAUGUCAUCAAGAGAAAUAAAAACAAUUGUUUCACUGAAGAACAUUUGAUUACUGGAAGAGAUGGAAUAAUUGGGACAAGCUAUCCUUUCACAUGCAGUAGUACAAAUGAUAGUGCAAAUGUUAUCAACAUAACCUGGUAUAAGGACUGCAUAGAGAUUAUUAAUAAGAGAGGUGAAGAAGAAUGGCACAUUGAUCAGUUAACAGAAAAGGAUGGUGGAAAAUAUACAUGUGUAAAAACAUUUCUUCAUGCAGGAAAGAAAUAUAACAGCACAAGUACCACCAAUUUAAAUAUUAAAGGUACUGAAGAAAAAAUAACUCCAAAGCUAAUUGGACCUGGUCAUAAUGUUUUCAAAACUGAAAUAGGUAAAGAGGAAAUCCUCAAUUGCACAGCGUUUUUAGGUUAUUCAAAGAACUUUGUUGAAUUCCCUUAUGAACUUUAUUGGAUCGUGCAUGAUAAAAGUAUAGAAAUAUGCCAGAGUAAUAGUUCACUGUGUCAAAAGGUAGAACGCAAAUAUGAUGAAAAUGGAAAAAAAUAUGUUAUGAAACAACUUUGGUUUAAACGUGUGAAAGAAAAGAACUUCAAUUCUUCAUACAAAUGUGUCUUUUCUGAAAAUGGUUCUGAAGAGCAAACAUUUAUAUUGCAAAAAGAAUCUAAUCCAGAUUUACCAGUUCAUGCCUUUACUGCUGGAAUGAUAAUGGCCAUAAUGUUUUCCUUCAUUGCUGUAAUGAUAGUGAUUCUAUGUGUAAUAUUCAAGAUUGAGCUUGUUUUAUUGUUCAGAGAUAUAACAGGAAAGGAUGAAACACUGGGAGAUGGAAAACUAUAUGAUGCUUUUGUGUCUUACUUGAAAGACUGUACACCAAUAUGUGGUGAAGAGAGAAAAUUUGCUCUGGAGAUACUGCCUAAAACAUUAGAAGAUCAUUUUGGAUAUAAGCUAUGCAUUUUUGAACGAGAUAUUUCUCCUGGAGGAGCUAUUAUUGAUGACAUCCAAUCAUCCAUUGACAGAAGUCGACGAUUAAUUAUUAUUCUGAGCCAAAACUAUGUCUAUGACCAAGUCAUGUUCGAGCUAGAAGUUGGACUGCAUAAAGCCUUAGUUGAGAGAAAAAUCAAAGUCAUAUUAAUAGAAUACAUGCCAAAAAAUUAUUUUGAUUUCUUGCCCAAAUCUUUGGAACUUCUUUCUUCCAGCCAAGUGGUGAAAUGGAAAGAAGAAAAAUCAUUGCCUUUAAAUUCUAAAUUUUGGAAAAAGCUUCGCUAUGCCAUGCCUGCCAAGCCAACUAUUUCAGCUGCCUGUCAAGAGGUAACGUUGCAGGAUAGAAGAAAAAGAACAAAUGCCUUCGGUAUCACUUCUGAGCCAUCACUUGCCUGCUACUAGGCCUUCAUCACUGUUGCUUUGGAAGCAGAACAUUAGAACGUGUUCACAGAUACUUGGCAGCUGCAGAAUUGAGGGUGGGGGCUUCAGGUUGUCCUAUCUGUGUCAUUAGACUUGGUUUCAAUGAUAUUUUUAUAUAUUGUUUUAUUCAAUAUAUAUAUAUUCCAUAUGGCUGUCCAUUUUUUUACACGAUAUGUCAAAAUGCCGGACUUCUGCCUUACAGAUUUAUUUGCAAAAUGGGGGGUCCAAUGUCAACAUGUCAAAGAACAAUUGUGUUUUCUUUGUAUUUUAUUGUUGUUUGAAUCUUAAAUGCAGCAGAUGCUGACAAAGAAUCAGAAGCCCAAGAGAGACAAUCAAAACAUUUCAACAUCAACUAGAACGAUGCAUAAAAUGCAAGCAUUUGUUGAAGGAUGGUUGACUUACGGUUUACAUUGUCCCCAAUUAACAAGAACUAUAUUUGGAAUUCAGCUCUGUUUAUGUAUGUGACAGAGAGACAUUGGAAAAAAAGCACUUACAGAUCCCUAAUACAUGUGAAUUCAUUGGGUCUUGUGUUAUUUAACUUGGGCAGGAAUCAGUGACAAUUUUAGUUUUCAUCUGGGUAUUGCAUAUAUGAAAUAUGUUUAAAAGAACCAGCUACAGCGGCAAUACUCUGCUUUUACAGAAACUUCAUGCUGCCCCUACCCUUAAAUGUCUAUAACUGUGAAUAUGGCAUCUGUCUAUAACUCUUGAAAGUACUGGUGCAUUCCCUGAAGUCCUAAUGUUGUCAAAGAGUCCUGAGAAUGGCUGCUAGUUGGAGUCUGGUGCUGCAUAUAUACCCCAUCUGAAGCAUUCUUUUGCUUUCAAAUAUGGAUAUGGAGUGCUGUAUAGAUCUCUCACUCACAACUAGAUUAUUAGAUCAGGCUGGCAUCAGCCUGAGAAAAUUCACCUAACAUAAUGCUGCUGCUACAAGAUGACUAAAAUACAUUUAUAAUUUAAACUAACUUAUUACCCUGGAAUUCCCCAGGGUUGUAUGUGAUAACAUAUUAAAUUUGAUGGAUUGUGUCUACUGGAUGUUCUUAAUAGAGGAAUUUCUCUUUACAUAAAAUAUUUCUCUCCAGAACAAAAUUCUUUAAUAAAAGGGUGCAUAACCUCAGAUAGCAGGUCCUCUGGAGUUUUUAAGUCCUUGAAGGUUGUUUUUUUUUUCUGUGUCAGAAAGAAAAUGUUAAAGUCAUAAACACUGAUUUAGAUUUAGGUUGGUCCUGGUUUUCCCUACUUCUUUACCUUGAACCCAUGUCUUUUUUUGUUGUGCAAUCCUAUGUUCCAGUUUGUGACGGAAAACCAUUUCUGCAUAGUCACUUCUCAGCUUACACACACGCCUUUAAGUAUCAGAGAAGCAUGGAGACAACCAAGAGAAUGUAGGUCUGGGUGGAAUAAAGGCCACUUUAAGAGUAAAUGUGUGCUAGACAUUGAUUUGCCGUGAUUUCCAUGUUACACAUUUGUUAAACAAGCUGACUGACCUUUUACUGUAUUAAAAUUUUAUUACA